AUGCCCAUGUACGGUGACUUGGGCAACAAACUGGUCCAACACGCCAAGAGGACACAGAACUUGAGCCAUCUUCCACCUUACCAGACCGAGCUUGUCCGCGCAGUAGCUCGAGAAAUCCGAGAUCUUGACAAGGACGUCGCCAGCUUACUCGAACCUUUUCAAGGGUCCUUUGAUCCUUCCGCAGAACAGGCUACCGCAUGCACGCUGCUGGUCAACCACCUUUCCAUGCGGAGGAACAAGCGCUGUCUGCUCGCCUAUCACCGAACACGAACGGACAAGCUCGAGGAGCUGGUGUGGAAUGGGGCCGAUAUUCUCGAUCUUGCCGGCCAGACGACAGGAGCACCCAGGGGCGUGACGGAUGGAAAUGAGGGAAGCGGGACGACCAGCAGUCUGAGUCCUCAGGAAGAGGAUUACUUUCGUCAGUUCGGAGAUUUGUUGGCCCUCUACAAAGGCCAAUGGACAGAUAUCGAUCUCACAGGCAGUCUUGAACCCCCACGGGACCUCUUUAUCGACGUUCGAGUGCUGAAGGAUGCCGGGGAGAUCCAAACCGAAUAUGGGGCGAUCAACCUGACCAAGAACAGUCAGUUUUAUGUCCGGCAAGGAGAUGUCGAGCGUCUGAUAGCGCAGGGAUAUUUGCAAAAGCUGGGUUGA